AUGAGUGGCUUUAAAACACCUCAUUUUGAUUCCAAAAAAUGGGCAGAGGUUGAGAAGGUAGGACUCGGUGAAAACAAGGGGUACUAUCAUAGAAAUCCAGGUGAAACUUUAGCAGAGAAUGAUUAUUAUGAUAUAUAUUCCAACAAAUUUGAUCCAUAUCCUGCUUGGAACCCAAAAGAAACCGUUCCGAUUACAAGAGAAGAUAUCGAAGCGGUAUUUUUGCAGUUGACUGCAAUAUUUGGAUUUCAAUUUGACAACACAAGGAAUAUGUUUGACUAUUUGAUGCGACUUUUGGAUUCGAGGGCAUCACGAUUAGGACCCGAGCAUGCAUUGCGGUCUAUUCACGCUGACUAUGUCGGAGGAAUCAAUUCCAAUUUCCGAAAGUGGUAUUUCGCAGCACAAAUGGAUUUGGAUGAUUUUGUUGGAUUCGAUAACGUGAAAAAUGGGAAAGUCAAAGACACCAAUGAAGCAGUCCCAACUCUUGAAGCUGCCGAAGAGCAAUGGGUGGCAAACAUGCAGGCACUAUCCCCCACAUAUACCGUGAUACAAUUGGCAUUGUAUUUAUUGAUUUGGGGAGAAGCUAACAAUAUAAGAUUCAUGCCGGAAUGUAUUUGCUUUAUUUUCAAGUGUUGCAACGACUACUACUUUUCGAUUGAUCCUGAUGUUCCAGUUGAGAGAGUGACUGUGAGUUUUUUGGAUCAUAUCAUCACACCUUUGUACAAUUUUUAUUGCGACCAGUUAUACUCUUUGGUGGAUGGGAGAUACCACAGACGCGACAAGGAUCACAGCACGGCCAUUGGUUACGAUGAUAUGAAUCAGUUGUUCUGGCACAGCAAAGGGCUAGAGAGAUUGGUGUUGCUGGACAAAGAGACCAAAUUGAUAAAACUUCCCCCUAGAGAGAGAUAUGCUCGGUUGAAUGAAGUGCAAUGGCACAAGGCAUUUUACAAAACAUUCAAAGAGAAGCGAAGCUGGUCUCAUGUUGUUACAAAUUUCCAUAGGGUGUGGAUUAUUCACUUGUCGGCAUUUUGGUAUUACUCAAUUUACAAUUCCCCCACUUUGUACACACAUAAUUACCAAUCAUCGAUGGAUAAUCCUCCGACAUAUCAAACUCAGUUAUCCUUGCUUUCUUUAAGUGGGUCUGUGGCUUUGAUGAUAAAUUUGGUUAGUCUUUUGUUUGAAUUUUCGUACAUUCCUCGGAAAUGGCACGGGGCACAACCAGUUGCAGGAAGAUUACUAGUGACUUUGCUAUUUUUUAUCCUCAAUACUGCACCAACUGUUUACUUGCUUGGAUUUCAAGGGACUGGAAAUCAAUCAAAACUUGGGUUAACAAUUGCAUCCAUGCAAUUUACAUUGUCCAUUUUUGUUGUCGUGUAUUUAUCUAUUGCUCCCUUAGGGAAAGUGUUUCUGAGAAAGCCAAGUUCCGCCAACCGCAAAUACUUACCGCAAAAGUUUUUUAUCACCAACUUUUACUUGCUCACUGAUACUGACAAAAUAGCAUCUCAUGGUUUGUGGCUUGCAAUAUUUAUAUCCAAAUUUUUGGAGUCAUACUUCUUUUUGACGCUCUCAAUGAAGGAUCCUAUUCGUGAAUUGAGCAUUUUGAAGAAUAUAAACUGUUCAGGGGAAAGCUUGUUCGGUUCAUGGCUAUGCUCAAAACAACCGUAUAUUAUUUUGUGCCUCAUAUACUUGACUAACUUGGUGUUGUUCAUAUUGGAUACCUAUUUAUGGUACAUCAUUUGGAACACCUUGUUUUCUGUUUGCCGCUCCUUCUACGUUGGGGUUUCUAUUUGGACGCCAUGGCGGAACAUUUUCUCAAGGCUACCAAAGAGAAUAUUCUCCAAAAUAAUAUCAGUAACUAAUGAAAAGAACCUCAGAUCAAAGUCUUUGAUUUCGCAAGUUUGGAACUCAAUCAUCAUUUCAAUGUACCGAGAACAUUUGAUAUCAUUGGAAAAUGUUCAAAAUCUCAUCUAUAAACUGAUUGAGGAUCCAAGUCAAGAAGGAGGCAUCAUUUUGAAAGAACCGAUGUUUUUCGUUUCUCAAGAAGACCAGUCUUUUAAGUCGACAUUGUUUAGCAAACAAUCUGAGGCUCAACGACGAAUAACUUUUUUUGCUCAGUCGUUGUCAACACCUAUGCCGGAAGUGGGACCUAUACAUUUUGUGCCGUCAUUUUCUGUGUUAGUUCCUCAUUACAGUGAAAAGAUUAUCUUAUCCUUGAGAGAAAUUAUAAGAGAGGAGGAGCAAUACUCACAUGUGACAAUGCUUGAGUACUUGAAACAGUUACAUCCAUUAGAGUGGAGCUGCUUCGUAAAAGAUACAAAAAUGCUCGCCGAGGAAUUUGAGUCAGACUCAGCAUCAACCGAUACUGGGAAAGACAAACUUGAUGACUUGCCGUAUUACUCUGUUGGAUUCAAAAUUGCAACACCCGAAUACAUUCUCAGGACAAGAAUUUGGGCUUCCCUUCGAUCGCAAACAUUGUAUCGUACAAUCUCCGGUUUUAUGAAUUACGCAAGAGCCAUAAAGCUUCUUUUUGAUGUGGAAAAUCAAGGAUCCAGUUCUUUUGGUGACGAUGCUGAGAAAAUAGAGCAUGCUGCAAUCAUGGCUCACCGAAAAUUCAGAAUCAUCACAUCAAUGCAAAGAAUGAAAUAUUUCACGCCGGAAGAAAGAGAAAACACUGAUUUUUUGUUGAGGGCUUACCCAGAGCUUCAAAUUUGUUACCUUGAUGAAGAAAUUGAUGAAAAUACAGGGGCAGUUACCUUCUACUCGGCACUCAUUGAUGGGAGCUGCUCAUUUUUGGAAAAUGGAGAUAGAGAGCCAAAAUAUAGAGUGAGAUUAUCUGGCAAUCCGAUUUUGGGAGAUGGAAAGUCGGACAACCAAAAUCACUCGUUGAUAUUUUGUCGUGGUGAGUAUAUUCAGCUAGUUGAUGCAAAUCAAGAUAACUACUUGGAAGAAUGUCUUAAGAUUCGCAGCGUAUUAGCUGAAUUCGAAGAAGCAACGUUUCCGUUGGAUCCGUAUACAAACGAAUUAGAGCGUUCAAAUCUGGCAUUUCCAGUGGCUAUCAUUGGAACAAGAGAGUACAUUUUUUCUGAAAAUAUUGGUAUUCUUGGUGACGUGGCUGCAGGAAAAGAGCAAACAUUUGGUACCCUCUUUGCCAGAACUCUUGCCCAUAUUGGCGGUAAGCUACAUUAUGGCCAUCCUGAUUUCUUGAAUGGGAUUUUCAUGACCACCAGAGGCGGCGUUUCGAAAGCUCAGAAAGGUUUGCAUCUCAAUGAGGAUAUUUACGCGGGAAUGAAUGUUCUCCUCCGUGGUGGAAGAAUCAAGCAUUGCGAGUAUAUGCAAUGCGGUAAAGGACGGGAUUUAGGAUUUGGAUCUAUCCUCAACUUUACAACUAAAAUUGGAGCCGGAAUGGGCGAGCAAAUGUUGUCGCGAGAGUAUUUUUAUUUAGGUACUCAGUUGCCCAUUGAUCGAUUCUUGUCUUUCUAUUAUGCACAUCCAGGGUUCCAUUUGAACAAUGUAUUCAUCAUUCUUUCGAUCCAGUUGUUUUUGUUGGUCUCAGCAAACCUUGCAUCUUUGAGUAGAGAAAGCGUUAUAUGUGAGUACGACAGAUUUAGACCAAUCACGGAUCCGAAGAGACCCUCUGGUUGUUACAAUUUGAUUCCUGUCAUUCAUUGGUUGCAAAGGUGUGUUGUUUCAAUAUUCAUUGUGUUUAUUAUCUCCUUUGUCCCAUUAGGUGUCCAAGAAUUAACAGAGAGGGGAUUUUACAAAGCUAUAACAAGACUCAGCAAGCAAUUUGCAUCUUUUUCACCAUUGUUUGAAGUAUUCAUUUGUAAGAUCUACGGACAUUCAUUAGCAAGUGAUAUUUCCAUUGGUGGUGCGCGCUAUCUUGCAACAGGGAGGGGAUUUGCAACAAUAAGAGUUCCAUUUGUAACUCUUUACUCAAGAUUUGCCGUGGAGAGCCUUUACUAUGGGAUCAUAUGCGGAUUACUCAUAAUUUAUUGUUCCAUAUCAAUGUGGAUCACACUGCUUUUGUAUUUUUGGAUGUCUGUUGUUGGUUUGCUAAUUUGCCCUUUCUUGUACAACCCUAAUCAAUUUUCGUGGAAUGAUUUUUUUUUGGAUUACAAGGAGUUUAUUCAUUGGUUACUUCGCGGCAACAGCAAGGCCAGAAUCUCUUCGUGGAUAAAUUUUACGAGAUUGCGAAGGAGCAGAAUCGUCGGCGUGAAGAGCAAAAGGAUGAGCUUGAAUGAGGAAAUCAAAGUGGUUAGUGAAGUCAAACCAUCAAGAGCCAAGCUUAUGUUUACCGAAUCAGUUUUUCAAUUGUCAGUGAUUGCAAUCAUUGGGGUGGCAUACUUGUUUGCAAAUUCACAGAAUGGCAAUGUCAGGGCUACACCGACGAACAGCGUUUUGAGAAUUGCUGUUGUAACUUUCGGACCCAUAGUAAUCAACUUUGUGCUCUUGUUGGUCAUCUUUUUUGUGUCCAUACUUGUUGGUCCAAUCUUCACAUUCUUUUGCAAAAAACUUCCAUCAUUUUUGGCUGCCUUUGCUCAUUCCUUGGCCGUAAUCAACCACGUUUUCUUUUUUGAAUUACUAUGGCUCUUGCAAGGUUGGGACUUUGCGAAUACGAUUUUGGGAUUCACUCUUGCCACAUUGAUUCAAUGUUGGUUUUUGCAAAUGACGACAAUUAUAUUCGUGUCAAAAGAAUUCAGACACGAUCGAUCCAACCGUUCCUGGUGGUCAGGGAAAUGGGCAACUGCUGGAUUAGGUUGGUACGUAAUCACGCAGCCAAUAAGGGAAUUUUUCUGCAAGACUUCGGAAAUGACCUACUUUGUUGGUGAUCUAUUUGCAGCACAUGUCAUAUUGUACACUCAGAUUCCGAUCUUGUUAAUCCCGUACGCAGACAAGUGGCACACCUUGAUGCUUUUCUGGUUGAAACCAGGAAAUCAGAUUCGUCCCCGUGUUUUGUCAAAGAGACAGAAGAAAAAACGCAGGUUGCAAGCUAUAUUGUACUUUUUCCUUUUCUUAUUCAGCAUGCUGUUAUUUGCUUUUAUUUUUGUUAUUCCAACGAUUUUUACUAAAUAUUUAAAGAUUGACUUAACAGAAUAUGUACCACGCGCUUUACAAGUGCAACCAACAGGGCCAUGGCCUACCAAUAGGAAAGUAGGGUUUUUGAAAAGUUUGGAAAUCAAGCAAUUUUAG